CUAGCGGCGCUCCCAGCUGCCCUCUUUGCUUCUCCGGCCGGAUCAUCCUCCUGGCCCCGCCGAACAAGCGGAGGGAGCGACCCCGACUGGGGGGGUCAUGGCAGUAGCCUCCUCGCCCUCCGCCGCCGCUGGCCCCGCCGAGUCGCCGGCUUCUGCGAGAGGGACCCCCACCGCCUCCGCAGGCUAAGAGCCGCUGCCGCCUCCGAGCAGUGAGGGCUACUAUGCUCCCUCUUUGCCUUCGCCUCCCCCUCCUGCCUGCGCAGGCACCCCUCUCGCUGCUCAGUCCUGCCUCAGUGUCAAGCCUGAAGAGAAGUAAAACUCAACAAAAACUUAUUAUGUAUGGAAUUCAUUCUUAAAAGAAGAAACAAGUGAUAAUUGAAGACUAUGGAUCGGAGCAAACGGAAUUCAAUUGCAGGAUUUCCUCCACGUGUGGAGCGUCUUGAGGAUUUUGAAGGAGGUAGUGGAGGGGAUGGGAACAUGACCCAAGUGGGAAGAAUUUGGCCCUCCUCAUAUCGAGCUCUUAUAAGUGCCUUUUCCAGACUGACACGUUUAGAUGACUUCACCUGUGAAAAAAUAGGGUCUGGCUUCUUCUCUGAAGUGUUCAAGGUGCGCCACCGAGCUUCUGGCCAGGUGAUGGCUCUUAAGAUGAACACGUUGAGCAGUAACCGGGCAAACAUGCUGAAAGAAGUGCAGCUCAUGAAUAGACUCUCCCAUCCCAACAUCCUUAGGUUCAUGGGUGUGUGUGUACAUCAAGGACAGUUGCAUGCACUCACAGAGUAUAUCAACUCUGGAAACCUGGAACAGUUGCUAGACAGUAACCUGCAUUUGCCCUGGACUGUGAGGGUGAAACUGGCUUAUGACAUAGCAGUGGGCCUCAGCUACCUUCACUUCAAAGGCAUUUUCCAUCGGGACCUCACCUCCAAGAACUGCCUGAUAAAGAGGGAUGAAAAUGGUUACUCUGCAGUGGUAGCUGACUUUGGCCUGGCUGAGAAGAUCCCUGAUGUCAGCACGGGAAGUGAGAAGCUAGCUGUGGUGGGCUCACCCUUCUGGAUGGCACCUGAGGUUCUCCGAGAUGAGCCCUACAAUGAAAAGGCGGAUGUGUUCUCUUAUGGUAUCAUCCUCUGUGAGAUCAUCGCCCGCAUCCAGGCUGAUCCAGACUAUCUUCCCCGAACAGAGGUGAGCUCCAGGAUGGGGAUCAGUGUGCCACUGGGAUGGGGCUGCUUUCAAGGCCAUGGAAUUUUUUAUUUUCUUGGGGUGGAGUUCCUGGAACUUAGUCUGUGGCUUCUUCUCUGGGGCAGUUCUCCACCUCUCCUGAACAGGCCAACAUGGGUGGAGGGGUUAAUGACCUGUCUACCCAUGUCCCUGCUCCUUCUCCACCAUACCCAUCCACAGAAUUUCGGGCUAGACUAUGAUGCUUUCCAGCACAUGGUGGGAGACUGUCCCCCAGACUUCCUGCAGCUCACCUUCAACUGCUGUAAUAUGGACCCCAAACUACGCCCAUCCUUUGUGGAGAUUGGGAAGACCUUGGAGGAAAUUCUGAGCCGCCUACAGGAGGAAGAGCUGGAGAGGGACAGGAAGCUGCAGCCCACAGCCAAGGGACUCUUGGAGAAAGGACCUGGGGUGAAGCAACUGAGCUUACUGGAUGACAAGAUACCUCCUAAGUCCCCACACCCAAAACGUACCAUCUGGCUGUCUCGAAGCCAGUCAGACAUUUUCUCCAAUAAGCCCCCACGUACAGUGAACGUCUUGGAUCCUUACUACCAGCCACAGCGAGUUGGUGCUGCCCGAGCCCCCAAAAUCAACCCUUUCAGUGCUCGCCAGGACCUCAAAGGUGGCAAGAUCAAGUUCUUUGACCUGCCCAGCAAAUCUGUCAUCUCCCUGGUAUUUGACCUGGAUGCACCAGGGCCUGGAACGAUGCCCAUGGCUGACUGGCAGGAGCCCCUGGGCCCACCUGCUCGCCGGUGGCGUUCUUUGCCUAGUUCACCCGAGUUCUUGCAUCAGGAGGCUUGUCCGUUUGUGGGCCGGGAAGAAUCACUAUCUGAUGGGCCCCCACCACGCCUCAGCAGUCACAAGUACAGAGUGAGGGAGAUCCCACCAUUCCGAGCAUCUGCCCAGCCAGCUGCUCCAGCCCAUGAGGCCAUGGACUGCUCCAACCCCCAGGAAGAAAAUGGUUUUGGGCCCAGGCCCCAGGGAGUCAGUCCAUGCCUUGCAGGUGACCCUGAGGAGAUGGAGGUGGAAGAAGAAAGGCCAAGAGACUCGGCUCCAGUCCCCUUCUCUGUCUCAGGCAUGGGCCUGAGGACCCAGGGAGAACAGGAUGGGUGAGCAGAGUUCAUCCCCACCUCACCUUGGGGACAGACCUUCAGCUGAAGCCACAGGGCCCCCUUGGUGCAAAGCCUAGACUCUUCCCCAGGGCCCACAGAGCACGCCAGCUAAGCCAAGCCAGACUCAUCUGUGAGGCUCCCACUGCCCAGUGGCUAUGUGAGGUGAAGUAGCCAUGAGAGACAUUCCUGGUUAGGGCCAAUGGCUGAUACGAAACCUCUGAAAUCCAGCAAGGAGCUCUGGCUCCCACCAGAUCCCCGAGACUUCCCAACAGGACCAGAGGAUUCCUAGUUCCUGUGAGCUGGCAGGCAGCUAUUACCCCAGGUUCUUCUCCUACCCCGGGUCUGUUUCUUGCCCUUUCCUGGGACAUAUAAGCUAAUGGAUGGAACCUGGAGCUGACCAGGAGAUCAUAAAGGGCAUGGCUAUUUCUCAGACCUGAAGACUGGGGUGCUUCUUGCCAGAAUGUCUAAGACACUUGAAUAAUAAUUGCUGUUUGCACUUACUGCACAGCCAGACCAUGUCACUACAUUUCUAUGCAAGGCAAGGCAGAGUGGUGGUCGUGGCUCUCAGCUAACCUAUUCAAAGAUCUUUUCCAGUUGAUUAAUCUAUUUUCAUAUUUAUGAAGGAGUCUUAAUGUUCUGCCCUAAAAGACUUUCAACCUUGUGGUUGGGAGUGGGGCUGAUUUUGUAGGCCCUAGGGCCUGCUCUGUGAAUUUGUCGACACAUGAUACACCCAACUGGUUUAUACAUGGACUGAUUUCUUCCCUUUCUGCUAUGGCCGGAGCUAUGGGAACAGUCUGUCCUAAUAGAACCACAAUAAGAAAUAACCAAAGAUGAAGCUGGUCAGAUAUUUUCAUAUCUUGUUUCUGAUUUUCUUUUUUUUUUGGUAAAACUUUCCCAGGACACUUUGAGAUUUAAAAAUGAAUAAAGUCGGUGUUA